UACAUGCGUACAACUGAUUUUAGGAGGUGAAUUUUUGUUGCGAUUUGAAUUGGUGUAUCAUUAAAAAAUCUACAGAGCCUACAAGUUGCCUGGGAUAUUAGAGCAUAUACUGUAUAUGCUUUAAGCCUGGGAUACAGAAUUUACAACACCCAACGAUGUCAUCGGCAUUGUAUUCUAAUAGUAGAUACAUUAUAAUCACAACUAAUCGCAGGCUGAAUGUCGUCACCGCAUUUAUCAAAAAGAGCAAUAAUAAUACCAGCCUUGCAAAUAGUAGCAGAAAAUUCGCAGUGAAUCGAAGUUUAUCUUGUCGAACACUGUCAAUGCAUCGUUAUUUCAGCACUCAACAGAAUGAAAGUUUUGGGAGGUCCUAUAUUCCGCUUAUGGACUAUCCUAGAAAAUAUGAUGCGGGAUACUGUGAAGUGUUUAAAUACGAUACAACGUUACAGCACCAUUUUCCUAGAAUCUACCAAGACUUUGACUUUGAGGAAUUCGGCAGAGGUUCAGUCGAAGCUGUACUCACUGUAUCAGACGCUUUGUCUUUUGAAGAUUAUGAGGGUUUAGAAGGCAUCGUUACCCCGGAUGCUAUAGAGGUUCUAAAAGGCAAUGUAUCCCGGAUGAGCAAGAAGCAAAAAGCAGAGAUUGCCAUGGAUAAAGAAAAUUUAGUAUUCUAUUGUCCUAUCAGCAUCAAUAUCCGGGAUGAUGAAUCUCCAAAGAUUGUCGAAGUACUGAUGUUAUACCAUUUUCUUCAAAAUUGGAGAGGUUUCCAAGGAGCUCCUAUACAUACCCUGCUUGCAGCACUGGAUAACCCGUUUUAUCUAUGGAACACUAUUUGUUGUAACUACAGAUUUGUCAGACAAUACGGCCAUAUGGAUAGUUCAUGGCUUAUUGAUGUAGUGAAUCACUUCAGACUAUGUGAAGUGAAGGAAUGAAUGGUAUUGUAACAACGGUUUUCUCAUUCUUUUUAUCGCGUUGCUCUAUUGAAUGUUUGAAACUAUAUAAGAAAAAAUCACAUGGGCACAAACUUGGAGGAAUUUAAAAUUACUUUGCACUCAGUUAUGCGUACUUAACUUGAACGAUUCCCUAAUUUCUGUUUACACUAAAUUUUUCCCAAACUGAUGGUUGAACAUGAACGCAGUAUUAGUAGCAUAGCUUAGAGUGUAUCUUUAUGUAUGUAUCUUUAUGUAUCUUUAAUCAAUGCAUAAAAAAUGUCAAAGCCUUUGUGGAGAAAUCUCAUUUAUAUCUACUUGAUGCUAUGAAAUAACUUUGUAAAUAUAACCGAGUGUAUUUGGGACGACACAUCUGUUAUCAAAAUUUAUCUACAGUUGACAUGUUUACGUAGCGUCAAUCAACCACGUAUGAAAGUUGCAAUUAAAUUUCAAU